GAAUCCUGCGGUUCCAGUGGAGUGUCUGCUGAAAGUGUGGAGCGUCCCGGUAUCAAAUGCCAACUGAUAUCUCCUGUGUUUGUGGCUGUUCUUAAGCGCUUCAACAUGAAAUUUGUCUUCGUGGACUUCGAGGCCGACAAUGCAGUUGCAGAACUGGCAAUAAAGCUGAAGUGUCCGGUGAUGAGCAGAGAUUCCGACUUCUUCAUAUUCACAAAUUACUGGGGAGAUUGCGGUGGCUACUGUUGUAUUCAACCAAUCCCAUUUGACGCAAAACCGAAGGCCUUCGCAAACGGGGCCUGA